AUGAACAUGCGACCUCAACUUGUAGGAGCCAUAUGGACCCUUCUAGUCGGUAUUGAAAUUGGAGUAGCAGCCACGAAGCCAGAUUCAAGCCUUGCGCAUGGUUUUGCCGACGCGACCUAUGGUUCCUCUUCCAAUGGCUCUGCGACGUGUGUUGCUGGUCUCAUCUCCGUUCCGGCCACCUCAGUCAACACCAAGAUUCUUCUGGAUGAGCCUGCAAACCAGACAGUGGUGACUGAAAUCAUACAAGAGAAUUUUCAAGCAUCAUCGACAAUUAGUGAUCGAACGGAUGGUGGCAAUGUCAAUAUUUCUGGGACGUAUAAUAUCGAAGCCACUCUUUGUGUGCCUAAGCAUAAUCCCGAAGCUUCAACUAUCCAAAUUCUUUCACACGGUAUCGGACUCGACCAAUCAUAUUGGGAUAUUGCUACAGGAUACAGCUAUGUGGAUUCUGCCGCCAAUGCUGGAUAUGCCACUCUAGCCUACAAUCGUCUGGGAGUAGGUGCCUCCGAUCACCCCGACGCAAUUCAAGUUGUACAAGCCCCAAUGGAUGUUGCAAUUCUCCAUGGCAUCACUAGCUUGCUCCGAUCGGGAUCCAUUGGCACUCAGGCCUACUCCACAGUUAUUGGCACAGGACAUUCAUACGGAUCCAUCAUUCAGCUAGGCCAAAAUGUAAAGUACCCUCAGGAUGUGAAUGCGACGGUCAUCACGUCUUUCACCACCAACUUCGAUUAUUUGCCUUACACCGUUUUCGCCAACAAUCCUGCAAUCGCAAACCAAGUGGAUGGAAAGCGCUUUGAAAAUCUUUCGAAUGGAUACUUGAUCACCGAUACCAGCAUUUCAUUCCAACUGCCCUUCUUUAGAUGGCCCUACUUUGACACCGAGAUCUAUCAGAACCAAUACGAGGCACGCAAUACAUACACAGUUGGUCAGCAGUUAACCCUGUCCGGUAUUGUAGCCGUUGCAUCUUCAUAUACGGGGCCAGUAAGCGUGGUCGUUGGACAAUAUGAUUUUCCGUUUUGCGGCGGAAAUUGUAGCUAUUCAACAAACCAAGCCGCUGAAGCUUUAUCAAGCCUGUAUCCGGCUGCCGCUGAGUCCUCGCAGACGUACUUGGUUCCGAACGCGGGCCAUGUCAUCAAUGCGCACUAUUCGGCACCAGACCAGUUCAUGAAGAUUAACAAUUUCCUGUCCUCCCAAGGAUUUUGA